AUGUAUAGAUUAUUAAAUGUUAAUUUAGUUGUAGCUCAUAUACAAAGUGCAAUUACUUCAGUUUAUAAUUUAUUAAAAUUAUAUGAACGCGAGGGCAUUCUUUCGGUUCGUCCAGGCAUUCGAUUUCCUCAUUCUAAAAAUAUGCAAUGGGAUCCUAAUGCUGAAACUGAGUUAAUAUUUAUUUGUUAA